ACUUCUCGCUCUUCCGCUCACCACAGCGGUGCUCUUGCCUAUUCAAUUUCACUACCUUUCAUCGUUUGAUUUCGCGCAUCAUCUGGACUACUCGACGUCAUGAUAAUCAGAAAUCUUAUGCGACCAUGCAUACGCCAUUCACGACCUCUAGGUCAUUUUGUACCCAUAACAUAUCGCUCGUUUAGUGUCUCUUGUCUGGCAAGAAAUACAGAAAACCGCAAGCCAACCCUCCGGGAAAACAUCUAUACUCUACCAAAUCUCUUGACAACAUCGAGAAUCAUAGCAUGUCCAGUAAUCGGUUAUUCCAUCCUCCACGGUCAAUUCCAUGUCGCCACGUCCCUCUUGGUCUAUGCAGGUCUCACAGAUUUGGCUGAUGGGUACCUAGCGAGAAGAUUCAACAUGCAGUCCGUACUUGGUACAAUACUGGACCCUGCGGCAGACAAGGCAUUGAUGACGACGUUGACGGUGACUCUGACGAUGAAGGGGAUGAUACCUAUACCUCUAGCCGCUCUUAUACUGGGUAGAGAUAUUCUACUAAGUCUUUCGGCUUUUUACAUUCGGUAUACUUCUUUGACUCCGCCAAAAACGCUUGCACGUUAUUGGGACUUUUCAAUACCAUCCGCAGAGGUACAUCCGACCGGAAUAAGCAAAAUCAAUACGGCCCUUCAGCUUCUCUUAAUGGGCACCACCACGAUUAGUCCAGUUCUGCCCCUCGCUCUGGAUGUUCCGUUAACGGGAUUACAAUGGGUUGUCGGUGCGACCACAAUCUGGAGUGGGUUGUCCUACAUCUUCUCAAAAGAUGCAGUACGGGUUCUUUCUGAACGACGACCGCAGAAUAAAGAGAAACCAUGAAGCAAAAGAAAAACAGUGUUACAUACUAGACAU